UAAAUUUAAUUUUAAUGUUUACUUGGACCUGGGAAACUGAUAUAGAAUAACUUUCAUUUUCGUACUUAAUAUUUUUUUUUCAAUACUUAAAUUUAAAUAAACUUAAUUAUUUACAACUUAUUUUAUUUAAUCAAAUACAGUGACCAUUAAUAGUGGAAAACUAGUAUAAUAUGUCUUAUACUUCUUUUUUGAUGUCAAGAAUGUGAUGUUUAUAAAAUCAUUACUAUCGAUCUACAAGCCUACAUUAAUAUUAAAGAAUUUCAUUUCAUUGCAAUUGAGUUAUAAUAAAAAGAAAAUGAGUACUUUGGAAAAUGUUAUUGAUGGUUUAAAUGAUGUUAGAUGUCGAAUUAAAGUUGUGACUCAAAAACAAAAGGAGUGCUAUGUAGAGCCAAGGCUAGUUGCUGUUAGUAAAACAAAACCUAUAGAACAUAUAAUUGGUAUUUACCAGAAAGGUCAAAGACAUUUUGGAGAAAACUAUGUUCAAGAAUUAAUCACUAAAUCAACAGAUGUCGAAAUAUUAGAUAAAUGUCAAGACAUUAAGUGGCAUUUUAUUGGUCACAUACAAAAAAACAAAGUUUCCAAAGUGUUAAUGGCUCCCGGUUUACAUGUUAUUGAAACAAUUGAUAGUGAAAAAUUAGCAAGUGCUGUAAAUGAUGGAUGGAAAAAACUUAAUAAAGAAAGUAAAUUGAAAGUAAUGGUUCAAGUUAACACUAGUAAUGAGAAAGAAAAAUCUGGCAUAACAACUGAUUCAGUAGUAGAUUUUUAUAAAUUUAUUGUUGAGAAAUGUGACCAUUUAGAACUGAUUGGUUUAAUGACAAUUGGUCAGUAUGGUUAUGAUUGUUCUCAAGGACCAAAUCCAGAUUUUUUGGCCUUAGUUGAUUGUAAAAGAAAUGUUUGUGAGAAAUUAAAAUUAAAUCCAUCCGAAAUAGAAUUAUCUAUGGGUAUGUCUGAUGAUUUUGAACAUGCUAUUGAAUUAGGAAGUACAAAUGUUCGAGUUGGAAGUAGUAUUUUUGGUUUUCGUCCAAGAAAAGAAAAACAAUAAUUUAUUUGUAAUAAUAAAUCAUUAAAAAAUUAAUUUGAUUUAUCUUAUAUUCAUUAAAUUUAAAUUAGAUCCUUUUUCAUUGUAAUAUAUAAAUAUCUUAUUAUAAUAUUACACAAGAAACUUAAAAAUACAUGUAUCUAUAUUCUAUAUAUAUAUAUAUGUAUAUAUAUAUGAUAAGCAAAAAUAUAUGAUUAUAAAUGUACUUAAAAAUAUUCGUACGACUUACAGUUUGGUCGACUUGUUUAUGAAUAAAAUAAAAGAAUGUUUUAUAAUAUAUAGACAAAUUUACUAUAACUCUGUUAUAAAUUAUUUUAAUUUUUAAUUUUUUUAUGAAGAGGCUUAUUAUUUUGAAGAUAUGCAUUAUUUAUAGAAUUUCUGUAUUUUUUACUAUUGAGAACUGACUUAAAAAAAAAACAGUUUUAUCAGUUUGGUAAUCACUCUGCUAUACAGUUGUAGGUGUUAAGUAUACCUCCUCAUUCACUAGUGUACUGUAGUGGAAAUGUUAAAUUUGAAUUUAAUGAUAAAUUAAUGAAAAAAUAUUCUUAGUGGAGACAAUUUUUUGUCUACCUAUAUUAAUGAGAAUAUACAUUUUAUACAUUUA